AUGGCUUCAUUACAGAAUAAUGAGUUAAACAAUCAUCUUCAAUCUGAUGAUGAUGAUGCAAAUGUAAUUCAUAUCAUAGAUAUAACGAAUGGUACAUUUCCUGAACAUAUAUCUGGUCGUAUUGAAAGUAAUGAUACAAUUGAAUUCAAAGUUAAUUCAGAUGAUGAAUAUGAUAUAUUUCAAGUUUAUAAAGAUAAUACUGAUUACUAUCGAAUAGAUAAUGGAAUAGAAUUAUUUAAUAUAAAUAAUAAUACAUCGGAAAAGAAAAGACGUAUUGAACUUUCAUUUAGUUUUCAUUGUUCAACAAUGGAAUUAUAUUUUUGUAUAAUUCCAUCAUUACAACAUGAAACAUAUUUAAAAUCACGUCAAUGUUCAAAAGAAAAUUGUGAAAAAAAUUAUCUUUUAAUUCAUAGAAAUGAAAUGAAAUUUUCUUUCAAUGAUAAUAAAGAAAGUCAAAAAAUUAUUUUACAUAAAAAUGAUACAAUUGAACUUGAAUGGAUAUCAAAACGUUGUAAUGGUUAUCGUAUAGAAGAAAAUAGAUAUUGCCCAAUAUCUGGUGGCCUUUAUAAAAUCGAACAAACAUCAGAUAUAAUAACAAAUCGUGCUGUAACACAAGGAAAAUUUCAAAGAACAUUUAAUGAAUAUGGUACAUCAUUUUUAUUUCGUUUAACUGAAACAAAUCAAAUUCAUGAUAUCAUGGUAUGUAUUAUAAAAGAUAAAUAUCAAAUAAAACAUAUUGAAAUAACUGAUAUAAAUAUUCAACCAAAUAUUAUUUCAAUUGAACAAAAUGACUCAAUUAUAUUUGAAUGGAAUACAAAAGAAAAACAAACUCUUAUUCAAAUUGAUCCUUAUCUGAUCGAUGAAAAUACACAACAAUCAAUCGAAUUGAAAACAAUCGGAGAACAUUUCUUUUGGCCAUAUGAUCCAUCCUAUCGUGGUUAUAUGAUUCAUAAAUUUAAUCAAACAGGUAUUUUUUGUUUUAAAACAGCAAAUAACCAAAUUGGAACGAUUAUUGUUGAACCAAAGAAAAAUAUUUAUUCUUUUCCAAUUUUUGGUGAUCAAUUAAUUUUAAAAAUGAAUACAAAUGAUUUAGUUCAAUUUGAAUGGAAGAUGACUGAUUCACAAGAAGAACCAGUAUUAAUCACGGUUGAUGCUAAUACAUCCAUCGUACCGGAUGUAGCGGGUGGUCUUACAGGAAUAUUUGAUUGUUCUAUGCAUAAAUGUGUCAAAGUUGAACCAUUUUUUCGUUCUUAUUUCCAUACAUGCGAAACAUUUCUUCUUCAUAUUCCACAACAUGGUCUUUAUAGUUUUGCAUAUUGUGAUAAUCGUGAUGAUGUUGUAUUAAGUGUUAUUGUUGAAAAUAGUAUUAAUAAUCAUCAUAUCACAUAUAGUGAACAAAAUAUGUUUGAACCAAAUACAAUAAUUGUUAAUCGUAAUGAUCAAGUUUGGUUUGAUUCGAUAUCAGCAAAUAUUUAUCGAGCAGAUGAAUAUGGAAAUCAUUUAGACGUAGAUAAACCAAUUUUUCAACCACAAUUAAAUAGUAUGAAUUAUUUUAUGCAACAAUUUAAACAAAUUGGAAUUUAUUAUUUUUCAACGGAUAUUAAGAAUGAUAAUUAUACAACAAAAAUUUCAUCAUCAUCAUCACCAUUAGCGAUUAUUGUUUUACCUGAAAUUCAUUUCCAUUAUAAAUUCAUUCGUCUUGGUGAUUUUGAUUUUCAAGCAAUAAUAACUAAUAUAAAUGAUUUUGUUAUAUGGCAAUUUGAACAAAUUAUUCGUUUCGGUGUUAUACAAUUACGUUCAAAUGAAACUUUACAAGAUUUAGCAUCAUGUCAUGAUCGAGCUGUAUCAGGUCGUAAUCGACAAUGUCUUGCUGUUGAAUGUAUUAUGCCUGGAGUAUUUUAUUUCGCUAAUCCAGAAUUUGAACGAGUUACUGGUUCAGAACAGGAUCGUCUAAUAUCAACAAUUAUUAUUGAUCCACCAUUUAGUAAAGCAUGUUUUUUUAUUACACAUCAACAAUUUGUUCCUAAUGUUUUCCAUAUUGCUCAGAAUGAAAGUAUUUCAUGGGUAUUAUUAAAUAACGAUCAAUAUCAUCGAAUUUAUGUUGAAUCAAAUGAAAAUGAGAAACCAAACUUAAACGAAAAUAAUCGUAUUGAUCGAUCAAUUGAACAAUAUGUGCCUGAUAUACAUUAUUUAUAUACAUUUAAUCAAUGUGGACAAUAUACUAUUCGAUCUGAUCGUUUCAAUAAUACAGCAACUGUUAUUGUUUAUUCAGAUGAUAUCAUUCGAAAUGAUAAAAAACGAACACAACAACCUCAAAUAAUCGAAGAAAUUGAUACACUUAGUCAAUUUAAAACACGAGUACAUUUAAAAUAUCCAAAUCAAGAUGCGAUAAUAUAUUAUACACUUGAUGGAACGCUUCCAACAAGACAUCAUGAUAAUGUUCAUAUUUAUAAUACUAAUGAAGAUAUAUGUUUUGAUCAACCAGGUUUUCAUAUUUUACGUGCCUAUGCAACUGAAAAUGAAAAGAUAUCAAGCAGUGUUAUUACAAGCAGUAUUUAUUAUAACGAUAUUGAAUUAGGAAAAUUGAUGUUGCCUUUUGAACAUAGAGUUUAUUUUGACUAUUAUUUUAGUCCAACUUUUGUUAUGGAAAAUGAUGAACUAGAAAUAGUGAAUGAAUCUCUGUCAGCAUGGAGUAGUACAAAAAUAAAUCUUUCAGCUUCCAUACAAUAUCCAAACAAAUUAUAUGGAAAAAUUCAAGUGGAACCAACAAGUUCAGCAGAUCUUGUUGAUCAUUUUGAAUUAUAUGUAGAUGAUAUAGCACAAAGUGUCAAUCUAUCACCAACUGAUAUUAUAUUUUCAGCCGAAGGUUUUGCUGGUGGUGAACAAUAUGAAAUCUAUAUUUUAGCUUAUCCAAAAUCAAAUAUUAUUAAUGCUAUACCAAUACCAUCGAAUAAACGGGCAUUUGAAAUUAAACGAGAAAUUCAUGGUGCACCAUUAAUUAGUUUAGCUGUAUCGAAUGAACAAACGACAAUCUUUUUAAUGUGGGCUCAUAUUGGAGAUCAUGUUAGUGAAUAUAUUGUUUAUGUUGAUGAUAUUGAAAGGACAACGAUUUUUGAAAAAGAUUUUAAUGAUUUUUUUGGUAUUCAGUUUCAUGGUGCUCAACAACGAAAAAGAUACCUUUUACAUGUUGAAGCAAAACUAAAAAAUAGUAAUGAUAUUCGAAAAUCAAAUAUCCUUAAUGUUAAUCCACCAUUAGAAAUGCCAUUAAAAGAACAAUUAAUUGAUCGAUAUUUUGCAUAUAUAACAGUUAAUGCUGAAAUUCCACCACCUGAUAUGCGAUUAGAGAUUAUUCAUCUUGAUCAUUUUCCACAUCCUCGUCCAGAACCACAACGUAAAAUUGAAACUCUUUCUAUUACUCCUAGUCUUCAGGAUGCCAUUCCAACAAUAUCAUUUCAGCAAAAUUCUAAUGGUAUUACACUGUUUUGGAGCAAAUCAACACAGAGAAUCUCAGAUAUUGUUCAUAAUUAUCGAAUUAUUGUUGACGGAGAACAAUACGGGGAAUCAAUCUCACCAUCUGAUGAGCCAAACUUUCAAUUAAAUCUCUCACCAGGCAAACAUGAGUGCUAUUUAUCUGUUAUACCGAAAGAUGACGAACAGGAAAUUUGGAAAUCGAAUAUUCUUCAAUUUGAUAUUCCAUCUAUUGAUGAUCAAGAAUUAGAACAAAAGCCAUUACAAGAUCCAUCCAAUGUUGAUGAUCACGGAGUUUCUGAUGAAAAAGAUGAUCUGACAACAUUAAAUGUUCCCUUGUCUCAACCGAUACUUAAAGUAACACAAAUCGGGAUACAAAUGGUAAAUUUAUCAUGGACAUUGAAUGAUUCUGUUGAUCCUUCAUGGAUUAGAGCCUAUCGCAUUAUUGUAAAUACAAAAUCGACUAUAACCCUUCCACCUGAUCAACAUGAAUACAAAUUAGAAAACCUUGAGCCAGAUACCACAAAUGAAGUUCAAAUCUCUGUGACAUCUCGCGCAGAUUUUGCUGAUGAAAAAAUCUCUGAACCAGUACAUAUUAUAUGUCCACCACGACCACAAUCACCAACAAUCCAAUCAAUUGAUUCUACUCAACCAUGUUCCAUUGGAAUAAAAUGGAAAAUAAAUAAAAAUAAUUCAGAUAGAAUAACAUCUUUUAAAAUUUUUCUCGAUGGAAAACUUCAUGAUGAAAUCGAUACUGAUGGACAGCAUUCAUUUAAAUAUGAAUAUACUCAAUUACAAAUUAAUCAAACAUAUUCAAUUUUUAUUAAAGCAUGUAUAAAACAAAACAUCUUUGAUGGUUCCAUCUAUCAAUGUGAUAUUGAAUCAAAUGCAUCGAAUGAAUUAAUAUUAGAAUGUACUACUCCAUCAAAAGUUGCACCUCUACGAAUCGAACGAAUGCAUCCAGAUGGAAUUGAUAUUGUUUGGGAUACACCUACAGAAGAUCAGGAUAUGAAUAUAAUUGGAUAUCAGGUAUUGAAAAAUGGACGACCCAUUGGUAAACCAAUACCAGUUGAUCAACGACGAGCUUCUAUUCAUGAUCUCGUAGUUGGUAAUCGAUAUUCAUUACAAGUAGUACCAAUAAGACAACAUUCUGAUAGCUUCUUAGAAUAUAAUCCUGAAAAUCAUGAUUCCUAUUUAUUAGGACCAAAACUUGACAUCGAAUUUACAGAUUUAAUACAGAUUCCAUCAAAACUUUGGAUUGAAAAUAUUUCUGGUCAUUCAGCAGUAGUUUGUUGGUCUCAAGUCGAUGAUUUAUCAAAUGAAAAUACAAUGCCAGAUAGUUACAAAUUACAUAUUUGGAAUAGUAGAGAACAAACACGUCAUCAAACUACCGUUAUUUCAAUAUCAAAAGAUAAAACUAGCCAACAAUUAAAAGAUCUUCAAUCCAGUACAAUUUACGAAGUUCAAUUAGAAGCGUAUAAAAGACGACAUCAUCAAAUAACAAAUGAAUCAUAUAUUGUCUCAACUAUAUCUGAUAUUUUAACAUUUGAAACAGGUGCACCACCAAAUGCACCAUCAAACUUGCAUAUCAUUUCUUGUACCAAUACAGCUGUUCGUUUAGGUUUUGAUCCAUUUGUUGAACAUAGUGCAGAAAUAAUAGCACUUCGUGUUCAUUGUGAAUCGCUUCAUUCAGGAAAGAAUUCAAGAGAUAUUAUUUUUGAUUUAACACCUGAUUCAACAGAAUUUCUUUUAUCAAAUUUGAUUGAACGUACAGAAUAUAAUGUCACUAUUUAUGCAAUAACUGAUGAAUAUUUAAAUGAAAUUGAUUGUCAUGAUAUUUCACAGUUACCGAAAAAAUUAAAAUUAUCCAAUUGGUUAAUAAGUCAAAGUUUACAAUUUACAACAAGUGGUUGUGAGCCAGCAAGUCAACUACAUAUUUGUAGUGCAACUUUUGAAUCAAUACAACUUGAAUGGAUAUUACCGAAAGCUUAUGGUUCAACAAAAUAUCUUAGUCAAAUACUUCGAUGGAAAUUAGAACGUGGUAGUGAAGAACAUAGUAUGGAACUUGAUUGUAAUAGUACAAAUGCAAUAAUACCUGGAAUACUACAACAAGGUUUAUAUAGAAUCUCACUUGAUUCAUUAUUUAGUAUGAAAAGGAAUCUUGAAGAUGAUGAAAUAAAUCGAAAAGAAAUUUGUUUAACAAUAAGUGAAAUAACGUUGGUACGUUAUCGUAUACCAGAUUUAUCUGAACGACCAGAAAUUUGUUUAACUGGUUAUACAACAUCAACAAUUGAUUUAACAUGGAAUAAACCAAAUAUGUUUAAUAUUAUUGAUCAUCCAGAAAGAUUAAAUGAACAAAUUAAAAUUCAUCGAAAAUUACUUGGAUAUAGAGUUGAAAUUAAUGGACGAAAAUAUAAUACUCUAGACGAAAAUCAAUAUCAAUGUACAUUGACUGAAUGUCAUGCUGGUGAAGAAUAUAAAGUACGAUUAGUUGCACAAACUAGUGUUCAAAAUGAAUAUCUAAAUGAUAUGUUUUUACAUGAUGAUGAGCCUAAUGAAACACCCUCAAAAAAAUUACGUGUUCGAAUGUUAACAGAUCAAGAUCUCCUUCGUUCCUUUCAAGCUAAUUUUGAAUUUCAUCAUCAUGUAACAAAAGAAAAUAUCAUUAAACAAAGAAAUGAAAUAAAACCAUUAGGAAAAAUAAAUAUACAUUGGAUAGUAUCAAAUGUCGAAAAUAUUUCAUAUUUUAUUCUACAAUGGCAUUCAUCAAAAGAUUCAUAUAUUCAACAAAAAUUAUUCAAAAGUAAUGAAACAUCAUUUACGAUAGAUGUCUGUGAUGAAAAAGAAUUUUAUAUUAUUGAAAUAAUUAUUGUUACAAACGAUGAUAUAAAAUAUCAAUAUGAACAAUUAAAAAUGCCAAUACCAGGUGAACCAGAUGCACCAAAAUUAUGGUUACUUAAAACAUCUGAUUCAAAUUUUGUUGUUGAAUGGUCAGAACCAAAAUCUUAUGGCAUACCUAUUAUUGGCUUUCAAUUAUAUAUUGAAGGUAAAAAAGCAGGUGAUAUGGUUGAAGUUAAUUUACGUCGAGCUGAAAUUCCUUCGGAGAUUAAUCGAGCAUAUGAAAUCAAUAUAUGUGCUUUAACAAAUAAUCCUCAACGUACGCGAUCAGUUAUGUCACAAACAUUAGCAGUUAUUACAACACCAGCAAUGCAGAUCAAUGAUAAUAUAACUCCUGCAAUAUCUAUUCAAAUUGAAUCAAUUAAUGAAGAAAAACUUCAUGUUAAUUGGAAAACAUUUGUACCGAUGACAGAAAUACGUUGUUAUUAUAUUCAUUAUACUUGUUUGAAUACGGGUGAAAUACAAACUAUGAAAGUAUCGAAACGAUAUCGACAUGCAACGAUACGUAAUUUAAACUCGGGUUUUACGUAUGAAAUCAUGGUUUUGGCUGUUGAUAAAAAUGGUAGAAUAUUAUAUUCAUCAGAUAAAAGUACUAUUCAUAUGAAUGUGUCACCUAAUGCUCCAAUUGUUGCAAUUCGUGAACGUACAAAUGAUCAUGUAACACUUGAAUGGCGUCCAGCACCAAAUUGUGAUGAACUUACUAUUGUUAGCUAUAAAAUAUAUGUUAAUAAUCGUCUAACAGCUAUUCUUUCUAAUGAUCAAUUAUCAUAUACUUUGACAAAUGGUUCAGCGUGUGAAGAAUAUACAGUUUAUAUUCAAGCAAUAAGUGAUGAUAAAAAUAUCCCGAGUCCAAUGUCUCGUGGUGUCAAAUUUCUUUGGCCAGGUAUUAAACCAGGUAUAUUUCGACGUUUAGAUGAUGGACAAACAGGGAUUGUUGUUGUUGCUUGGGAACAACCUCGUUUAGAAGAUGAAACAGACAAAUUGAUUGGAUUUAAACUUUUUUCAGAAAAUAUGUCAACACAUGUUGUUCGUUCGCAUGGUGAAUAUAAUGCCGAAACAUACCGAGCAGUAAUCUAUAAUUUAAGUAAUGCAAAAUAUCUUCUUUGGUUAGAAAUUCAAAGUGAACUUUAUUCUGUUCGUGCUCGACCAAUUACAAUUACAUCUGGUCGAUUUCGAAGUCGCUCAUCAUUUGCACCAGCAAAAUGUUUUUUGAAAAAACAAAAACGGUAA